GGAAUGUUGCAUCGGAAGCAAUCGGAAUUGUAUUCGGUAGUUCCUCGGUCUAAAGGCAAGCCCGGAACAGACGCGUUUUCACACAAACGCCAGAUCACGUGAAUAUCCCGCAAUGCACAGACCAUCCGUCUACCGCGACGAUUGUUCACCACUACUCCGCAGUCAAGGGCGGGCGAGAGUGCCACUGAGGGCUUGUCAACCACAACCAUAUAGGCCCUGUUUCGAUGACCAUGCCGGGAAUUGUACAGGAUCGCCGAAAACGCCCCUCUGAGAAUCUGAGCGAGGAUGAAUCUCUGCCUUCAAGUCCCGGCUCAGAGGGCAGCAAACGCGCUCGCUAUGGAAACGACGCGUCACAAAUUUCAGUAACAACCUUAUCAACCGGCCGCAACCGUCCCCGAAUGCAACAGCAGCAACAUGACAACCUCCACGAUGAAGACGAGUAUAAGCAAGAGCCCCAUAAACCAGGAUCAAUUGUUCGCGUCAAACUCCGCAAUUUUGUGACCUACACCGCGGCGGAAUUUCAUCCCGGACCAAGUUUGAAUAUGGUCAUUGGUCCAAACGGAACCGGAAAGAGUACAUUAGUUUGCGCAAUCUGCCUAGGACUUGGUUGGGAGACAAAGAACCUGGGAAGGGCCAAAGAGAUUGGCGAAUUCGUGAAACACGGCAGCGCUGAAGCCACCAUCGAGGUCGAACUUGCCGCCAGUUCAGAUCAACGAACGAACCCUGUGAUCCGCCGAGUUGUCAGGAAGGAAGGAAACCGAUCCACAUUCCAUAUAAAUGGACGAUCCGUCACGCAGAAGGAAGUCGUCAGGCUUGCAAAGUCAUUCUCUAUUCAGAUUGACAAUUUGUGCCAAUUUCUUCCCCAGGAUCGAGUUGUAGAGUUCGCGGGACUUACGCCGAUCGCUCUCCUUGCCGAAACGCAACGUGCUGCUGCACCGGAAUAUAUGGUACAGUGGCACGAGGACCUGAAGACACUGAGGAACAAAGAGAAGUCUAUCGAAAUAGAUCAAUCCCAGGAGAAAGACCAUUUGCAACGUUUGCAAGCCUCUCAAAAUGCGACCCGGGAUGAUGUACGGCAUUGGCACGAACGGCAAAGUCUCUUAAAAGAAGCAAGCGCUCUGGAGCGGUGUCGACCGCUGAUCCAGUCUAAUAUCCUGAAAGACCAACACGCCCAGGUCAAAGCCCACAGGGAAGCUGCUAUCCGGGAACUUCGACAGCUAGAAGCUGAAGUCGCACCAACACGACAAGCACAGGAGGAUGCAGAGAAAUAUCAAGCCGACAUUGAAAAGGUCAGAGGUAUCCGAAGCAGAGCGGCAAUGAGCGCGAAUCAACAUGCUGAAAAGAUUGCCGCCGACAUAAAGGAGCAACAGAGCGCACUGAAAGAACUAGAAGGGAACAUUGAAGCCGAGAGAGGUGAUGAGAAGCAACGUCGCCUAGAUGCGAGGCGAAUCGAAAAGGUUAUUAGCGACCUGGAACUCCAAUUAAGUAACCCUCCCGAUGAUGCAAAUGGCGAGACUAUGAAGGCGAGACGCACUGAGUUGAGAGCCGAGGCUUCGUCUGCAGAACGACGGUGCAUGGAGCUGAGAGAAAAUAUGGACGCUUUAGCCGACAGGAUUCGAAACAAAAAGAUGGAACAGGCCAGGAAAGCUAGCGAAAGGAGCAAGCUGGAUACCCAAUCUGGACAACAGGCCAGUCGUCUACAGUCGAUUUCAAGGGACACCGCCGCCGGUUGGGAGUGGAUCGAGCGCAACCGAGAAAGUUUACAAUUACACGGCGAAGUACACGGUCCCCCAGUGUUAACAUGCUCAGUAGCCGAUCCUGCGCUUGCAGAUGCUGUCGAGGCACAGAUGAAAAUUACUGAUUUUACUGCGAUUACCUGCACCGACGGUAGAGAUGCCAGACUUCUUUCGAGUAAGCUCCUUGGCGAAAUGAAGUUUCAUCAAGUAUCUAUCAGAACGGUACCACAAGCUUUAUCCUCGUAUCGACCCCCAGUCACUAAGAGCGAGCUUGAGGGAUAUGGCUUUGAUGGCUGGAUGUUGGACUACAUCAAGGGCCCUGACGCAGUUUUGGCCAUGUUGUGUGAUAGCGCCGCCUUCCACCGCACGGCUUUCUCUCGCGCUCAACUUUCCAGCAGUAAUUAUUCUGCUGUUGAGCAAAGCCCCAUCGCAUCCUGGAUUGCCGAUGGGCAAAAGUAUCGCAUCACACGCCGUCGGGAGUAUGGACAGUCAUCCACAUCCGUUAUUAGUUUGAAGAAGGCUAGGAUCUUCACCGGUCAGCCCAUAGAUACAGAAAACAAACGACAGCUUGACAACAUGUUGAAAGAGCUAGACCAAGACAUUCGAGGUAUGACAGAGGAACGUGGCAGAGUCAAGAUCGAAAUGGAUAGGUUGCAAGGGGAACGGGAUGAAGCAAGAGCCGAACUGGAUACUCUCAAAGCAGAUAUGGAUCGAGCAGCAAAAGCAAAAGCCUUUUAUGAUUCUCUUCCUAUCAAAAUCGAGCAAAAGAAAUGUGAAUUAGACACUAUACGUCAGGUAAUGAGUGAGACCAGUCGACGUGUGUUGGAAUAUAAAGCCAAGAUAGAAGAGGUUGCCCUCCAAACAGCGGGGUAUGCAAUCGAGUAUGCUAAAGCUGUGGCUCGUCUACGCCAGAUGCAUGAAAACCUGGUUGAGGCCGAGAUUCGCUUCGUCGAAGCCUGCUCUGAGUCCCAGAUUCUCAAGGCCGAGAAUGAACACAUACUCCAAUAUGUGAAAGACAAGGAAAAGGAAGUCAACGAACUGAAAGUUUGUCAGCAGGAACUGAAAGCCCGUUACAACGCCAUUAUAUCAGGCAUUAGAGAAAGGUUUCAGGAAUUGACCGUCGAGGAAAAGGCCUUGCUCGAUGAUUUCCGACUACGCUUCCAAACCGAGGAAGAAUUGGAGAACCAGGUCGAAGCUGUGAAAUCGAAGCUAGGCAUGAUGUCUGAUGGUAACGCUAAUGCUGUGAAAGCCUUCGAGAAACGCGAGCAAGAAAUCGAAACGGUACAGGAGAGACUGCAAAGUUUCCAGGAAGAGUUGGACCAGACGAAAGAGCAAAUGAAGGCCACUCGAGACCAAUGGGAGCCACAAUUAGAUGCUCUAGUAGCAAAAAUUAGCGAUAGCUUCUCCCACAAUUUUGCGCAAAUUGGUUGCGCUGGACAUGUGGAGGUUCACAAGGAUGAAGACUUUGAGAAUUGGUCUAUUCAGAUCCAAGUCCGCUUUCGGGAGAACGAAGCUCUUUCUAUCCUUGACUCGCAACGCCAGUCCGGCGGCGAACGGGCGGUUUCCACCAUCUUCUACCUCAUGGCCCUCCAAGACCUUGCCCGGUCGCCUUUCCGUGUGGUCGAUGAGAUUAAUCAAGGCAUGGACCCUCGCAACGAACGCAUGGUGCACGAACGUAUGGUCGAUGUCGCAUGUCGUGAGCACACAAGCCAAUACUUCCUCAUUACGCCUAAAUUACUCACCGGCUUGAAAUUUCACCCAAAAAUGACUGUACAUUGCAUCGCCAGUGGAGAUCAUAUGCCAGAUGAAGGACACGAGAAGCUGGAUUUCGCCAAAAUGGCCAAGAUCGCUUUGCGAGUCAAGCGGGGAAUCCACAUGCCUGCGUAAUGUCUCUUCGAGAACAUGAUUUGCAAUGGCGCAACCAACUAUAUUAAUUAUAUCUGCAUCAAACGAAGGGCCAUGCUUAACGACGUC